AUGACUGAAAAUAUUAAACCAAAGAUUGAAGAAGAAGAAGAGGAAGAGGAAGAAGAGGAAGAUUCAGUGAUUGAUAUACGCCAUCGUAAAUUUGUCUAUAAAGUUCGAUCUAUACAAUCACCUGAUCAUCCAACAACGUCAUUUCAUAUGACGCAACAAAAUACUUCACCGCUUUCAACUAAUUCAUCGUACACGAUGAAAAUGAAUGAAAUAAUAGGAACAACAACAACAACAGAAACUCAAAUAACUGAUUCAAAUAAGUAUUCCACUAAUGAAUCAUUAUUUCCUCAAAAUACUGAACUUCAAAUUUCAUCCGUAAUAAAUAACAUACAACAAAAUCAUCUGCCAACAAUUACAUUCAAUGAACCAACUGAACAAUUUCUAUCAUCAUUUGAAACCACUCAUUCGGAUGUGCUAAACUAUGAAAAUGAACAUCAUCUUGAACAAAUGAUCAAUUUCGAUCAAUCAAUUCAGCAAUUGAAUGAAUCAUAUGGAGAUCAAUUUUUAAAUGAAACAACAUUUAACGGUAGUGAUUAUAAUUUCAAUCAUGAAUUUGGCACAUCUUCUACGAUUUCAAAAGAUUUCGAAACAAAUGAAACUGAUAUCAUUCAUGAUGAUGAAAUUGUUUCCGAUAUUUUACAACAAGGCAAUAAUAACAUAUCACGCAUUCAGCAUGGGCCAUUAUUUGGUUGUGCUGCUACUGAAAAUUUAUUCAAUUUUACAAUUUCUGGCUUCGAUUUACUUGAAACAAAUGAUGCUGAUAAUGUUAAUUUAUCUGUUACUGAUAAUGAUUGUUCAGGACAACGAAUUAUAAUGGGUUUAACAAAUGAUGGAUAUGUGAUUAUUGAUGGUUUAAGCAUACCAAUCAAUAAAAAAGUGAAUAAUAUGAAUCAACAAAAUGAAUCAAAUAUAUCAUUUUCUACAAUGAAUACCAAUGAAAGAAAUAUUUCAUUAUCGAUGUCCCAAAUUCCGGAAGAUUUGAAUGAAAAGCAACGAAGUGUUAAAAAUACCAAUAGUAGCAAUGAAAUUGUAACCGGUUUAACUGCACAUGGUGAACUGAUAAUUGCUAAUACGACUGAUAAUUGUUCAUGGAUAACUGCACAAUUAGUAUCGGUCAUUAUGGGCUUAACAUCAACCGGUCAAAUCAUUUGUGGUGGUUGCAUAUCCGAUACAAUACCUGGAAAUAUAGAAAUGAAAUGUGAAAAAAUCAUCGAAUCUAAUGAGCAACAUGCAACAGCCUUUAAUAUUAUUGUGAAAGCAGAUAUUCAUAUUGCCGAAAUAAUAACUGAAAAAAAUGAUUCAUAUGAAAAUGAAUCAAAUCACACUUCUUUGGCAAUAAAUUCAUCAAUUAGCAAUAUUAUUAGAACAUUAGAUAGUCAAGAAUGGUCACAAGCAGAUGUGAAUACGACAUCACUGCUUAAUUUUGUAAAUGAUCAUGCGAUUAAGCAAAAUGUGUUUCCAACCGAACCAACUAAAACCACUAUCAAUGAUAAUUUUGAAGAUUUAAAAGGACGAAUAUCAAUGGAAACGCUGGAUCUUAUCAAACGACUUCAUAUGCAAUAUUUUAAUAUUGAGAAUCCCGAGAAACAAUCAGAAUUCUCAUCUUUUGAUAACAGUAAAUCUAAAAAACAAGAAAUUAUUCGUGUUUCUGGCAAGCUAGAAAUAUUAUAG